UCCCUAAUUUGCUAUGUCUUGCUUCAAUCAAAUUGGGGUUAUAGAUAGUUUGUUUGCUUGAGUUAGUGGCAAAGAAAUGAAUUUUUCAUACAAUUUAUCGGGAUGCUAAAUACUAGUAUACAUUUAGACUGUUCUGAAUAAUCACUGUUCUGCCUGCAAAAAUAUAUCGAUUAGGUUGUUUGUUUUACGUCCCAACAAGAUUAUUUCACUCAUAGAGACGUCACCAGCAGAAAUUUACAGCAUUUGAAUUAGUUUUAAAUAUCUACUGUCUGUAUAUAAAUCAUGUCUAUGAGUAUGAAUAUUGACAAUACAUUAAAUGAAACAGAGACAGUAAAAUUGUGCAGAUUUAUAGCUUUUUGAUUACACAAUCCUUCCACCACAAAAUGAAGUCCUUAUCAAAUUCGUUGUAAAGUUGAAUGGAAUGGGGAAAAAAAUAAAAUAUACAUGUACAUAUAUCUGUACUAAUGAAAAAGGUAUUGGACUACAGCAUGUACAGUACUUAUUAUAGUACACGGUUGUGCACUAAUACAGAGGAGGUAGCUUCCUUGAGGAAUCACUAACGGGAUGUUUGGUGAUCGAAUUCUCUAUCGAAAGAUUAGAGAGGGGGGGGGGGGGGGGGGGUCAGGGGAAGAAGUGCAGGACUUCUGAAUCGUCACUCGAAUAGAUCUGCAUUAACCAUAUUUGUUUAACCAACCUGUGAAGACCCGCUGUUAGAUUGAGUUGAAGAUAAACAGCUAAUUGACAGAGGAUUGUUUGUGUCAACUAAAGCUACUGUUUAUUAUGAUUCACAUUUAUUAUUAGUCCUUUUCAUACGCCACACCGUGCCCCUCCGUUCAGAGUGUUACAGUCUGAUAUUUAGUUUCGGCGAUAGAGGUUAGAUAAAACAUAUGGAAACACACCAAAAAACAAAACAAGUACAUUGUUUAUGAUGAAGCGAAUGUACAUUAUACACCUGUAAUGUACGUGAGUUUAAGUUAUGCGUAAACAGAAAACUAUUAUCACGCAUAUCGAACGCAAAGGUACUAUUAACUUUAAUUUGCGAUUACAGAGCCUCUUCAAUAACAAAACGGGGGUCAAGGUAGGGAGAAAGUGGGGAUCUAAAUAUUGGAGACACCUAUGUAAUGUGAUUUUAACCCAUUCGAACGGCAGUAAGCCUGUAUAGUUUCUUUUAAACAAAUUCAUACAAUAAGUCUGUAUGUACCCUGAACAUUAUAUUACUGGAAGGUUGUACAUUUUUUCUGCUUAUAAUAGGUCGUUAAACUAUCUUGUGCGUUUAAACCUAAAUUGAAAAAGGAACAAUAAAUCAUGAAGUGUCGCCUAUAUUCAAUCGCAACAGGCAUGAUAUAUUUAUAAGAGGAACACCGACCUAAAAGAAAACCGCUUACAGUUCUGAUGUUUGUUAUGAUGGUUUUCACUCGUCUUUGAUUUGUUAAACGUAAGUAGCCUGAUAUGUCUGUAGUGGAAGGUGCCUUGAUAAAACGUUCGUACAUGUUGCUGCAAGACGUUAACUAAACAUUACCUGAUUUUCCUGAUUACAGGUUAAUGUGAUUGUUCGUGACCUACUUAGAGAGCAAAAUGCACAACCAGCGAAACCGGAAUCGUGAGUAUACUAAUCUGAUUCGUAUAAUUUAUCACCCGUAAAAAAAACAACCCCAUGUAUGUUUGCUUGGGUGUUGCUAAAACAUGGAACGGUGAACGGCAGGAAGAGAAAACUUGAUAAUUCGGUCAUAUACUUCACUUUGUGUAUUUGAUUAUAUGUUAAUGAUUUUAUCGUCUAUAUUCCUUAAUAUAGAGUAGCAACCGGUAAACACUGAGGAAGGACAUUCGAAAAUGGGCUCGGGUUAUUCAGAAAUAAAUAAAACGUUUCAGGGUUCCUGAAAUUGUAUAAAACCAACAGUAAUCGGUACAACUUUCAAUGUGAAUAUUGCUUAUACAGGCACGAGUGUACCACUGGCAGGUGCAUUGACGUCGGCAGCAAAAUAAGGGCGGAAGAAUGAAAAUCAGGAAAACAAAACAGAGGGUCUGAGGGUAGCCGUGGGUCCCCAUAGGGUUCACAUCGGUGCCUAGGUGGGUCUGGGUCCCCAAGACAUCUGAAGUUUUAACAUAUGUUUUGUUUGUGGAUGCUUUAAAAAUUCUCGGAAGGUCCUGAAAGGUAGCAUAUGUUUGCCUUGGCUAAGAGAAAUUGAAAUCAUUACUGCGAUUAGGUUUAAACUGCAUGACCUGGUGCAUAAAAGCCAAGGGAGUGGAAGAUGGCUCCUGUGUAUUAGCAAUGUGCAUGUACUGCAUGGUGUCUUUUGCUUUUUAAAAAAAAUAUAUUGCUGACGUUUUCAGUGAUCCUAAUUACCAAAACUGAUUGGCCUGUUUAGGGUCUAAGGACAGGACCCCCAUAGUUAAUAAUGUGAAUCAUGUCACACAAAUAUCAUUCUAGUCUUUCCGUUUUGUACUUCGCUCCGCGUUUUAGCAACACCCUGUUGAGGAGAGUAUGGCGAGAACGUCAUGAAUGUUAAUAGCUAACAGCAUGUCUUGAAUUAAUUUCUUUUUAUUACCUUACAAUAACAAGUUUAAGAGGUUUUCAACGCUUGUGGUCGCCCAAAAUUGGUGCUAAGGACAAACUGACCUCUCAUGAAUAUGUACAUGUGUACAUACAGUAUACCUUGUAGAUUGUGUGCUUGAUGUACCCUCAACAGGGUCAAAAUGUUAUUAAUAGUGCAGGGAUCUAUUUUAACCCGGUCCUUUUCAUCGUUUCGUUUUUCAUUCCCGUAUUGGGCUUUUUUUUUUUUAACCUUGCUAUGUGGGACACGGUGAACAUUCAAUGAAAAUGUUUACACAUUAGAAUCAAAUUGAAAUCAAUCCGCGUGUACCCUUUAAAUUGGAAAAAAAAAUGCGCGCGCCACUACCAGGUGAGGGGUUCCUUAUCGCUAUAUUAUGGAUUUUUUGAGAUGUGGUAUGUUUUCUAGUGUGUUAGAUGUAGACCCUCUGACAAUGUACACUAUAUUCAAAUUUGUGUACAACAAAAAGCUAAUUAGUCAUGUGAACAACGUCAUAUAAUUUCACAUAAUGAGGUUCCCUGUUGAUGUAGUCUUCGACCGCUCCUUGCCAUUAAACCCACGUGUUGCUUGUGUGUAGAAAUUUCGAACUGUACUUGAAAUUUCCAACUGAAUCAUUCGAAAAACAUAACUAAGGAGUUACGUCUGCCGGGGUUGUUUAUAUCUUACAAGGUAAGUUUUUCGUUUUACAUAAUUUCUAUACUACGUCGUCGGUAUAUAGGAAAUAACGCGACCUAACCACUAUACAUGUAUGUGUGUAUUUGGUGGGUAUAAAUCAUUCUAUGUAAAUAAUAUCAUAAGCUUGUCACACUAACUAGUGACCUUCACAGUGAUCUUAUCGCUGACAUGAAGAAGGAAAGUUGAUUUAAUGGUGCACUUACUUAUAUUUGAUUUGAGAUGUGUGGUUAUUCACACUUAAGACUAAUUUAGUGCAGAUGAUUCACAAAGUUCAAUGUUUCUAAUAGCCAUUGAUCAUCCCCCUGAAUAAUUAAUGUUGGGAAUUUAGGAUUAUCUGAAACACGUGUGUGUAAUAGGCACAACCUAUAGAUUACACACCAGUAGUAUUAACAACGAAUCAAUGAAAGCACACCUCUUCAUUAUCCAAAUUAAAGUUUCGAUGAUACAUACAGAAAAGACAGGAAAAGUCAAAAUAUAUGAGUCAACAAAAAACACCAUUAGCUGCAUCUAACAGCACGUCAUUUCUUCUGGUCCUUAAAUGUGCGAGUCAUACAAUGUAUGAAAUGUCAAUCACCAAUAUAUUGAAAUUUAGAGUGGUAAUACAUGUACAUUACAUAAAAGGGAAUGGAUUUCCAACAAAUUGAUGUUCUUUUUAUUAUCUUUUUUUAAUGACUAACUUAUUGUGCUUUGCUGUAUUUUUCAUGCAAAAAUAUCGAACUUCUGCUGAAACAAAACUCAUUAUCUCGAUAAUAACGAAAAUUAACUCAAAAGCGAACAUGUUCUUUAUCGCUCAUUUUGCACACAGUAUAUGCCAAUGCACUGAGACCAUGUGCAUUGUGCAUUUCCCAGAACAUAAUCAAACAGAAAAAUCAAAACGUCUAAAUGCACCGUGUCUUGUACGCAUUUGUUCCUGGUGUUCAAUGGGAUAUCUUUGCAUUUUCAAUGUUUUUGCCUUUGCUAUAUUUACCCAAUGGUAAUGAUAGCCAUUUCCUCAUGAAUGCAAUAUAGUUGUGAACAAUGCGCGUGUGAAUUUUGAUAAUAUAGUCCGCCUAUUUUAACGACUGGAAAUUCUAUUCCGAAAUUGAAGUACAAUAAAGAAUGCAAAUAAAAAAUAAUGAAUUUCAUUUUUGAAAAUACACGAGGGUACAUGGAUGAAUUGCAACGCUUAACGCCGACAUAAUUUUCAUGAAACACUAACGCGAUUAAAUAUCUGUUUAAUUUCGAGUUCAUGUUCUAAAUGCAAAUUUUGAAAAUCCACUUCUUUAGAACGCAUAGCGCUUGAUAAACGAGUUUAGAUUAGGGUGUCUAUCCAUUCAAGCCAACAAAAUCUAUUGGCCGAAACAUAAUCCACUGAAAGCUUUAUUUCUAUUAAGAAAUUUAAUUUCACAAAAUAGAAAUCAACAACCACGAAACUGACACAGUUCGUGUAUGUGACCAAGUGGAUUUAGUGUUUCUUCCAUGUGGUAAAGUAUCUCUCUGAAACAUUCUUUUGUAGAGAAACACAGCAAUUUUAUAUAAUUGAAAUGUCAUCUUUAGGAAAUUGAGUUGUACCUUAAACUAUAUAUCCUUUCUUCGUCAUCAUCUAACGUCAACUCAUCAUUAAAGUACUGUAAUUAAAACCAGAUCCUUUGAUCCGCUCACGUAUUCCGACACACAAAAGCCUGUAUAGAGAGUAUGUGAGUGGAUCUAACAUUUAAUUCUAAUUAGUAUAAGACGAUUCGUACCCAAACUACGCUCUAACCAUCAACACAUGUACAUGAACGUGCGGUUUGAUAACCCGUAUUUUAAGAGGUUAAGAAUGAUACAGAACUUCGUUAAUGAUACUAACAAAAAACUAGCACAUCAAACAUGCUUUGCAGAAUUCACGUUAACCUUGGUAUCUCGUCAAAUUUCCUCAUUUUUUAUCCGAACACAAUCAACACCAAUACGACUCGCACUGCAACAACUGCAACGGAUAUAUCUAAGUUUGGUACUGAUAGCAAACAUAAGGGCAAUUAACACUUUGAAUGCGGAAUUAUUUAGACUUGAUUAUUUUCCGUGUAAUACAGUCCGUGAACAUUGAUAUAGAUAAUUGGGAAUAUCUCUUUAUUCUACAAAAUGAAUAGAUAAUAAAACGAUACCCGUAAUAAACCUUCUCCAUUAUUAACUUUCAUGUUGUUCUCUCGUCAGCCGCUCGAUAGAGCAUCGAUUGUAUGACAUUAGAACCAUUUAUCCAUUUUGCAAUAUCUAUAAAAUCUUAAAUUACUGAUUUUUGUAUAAGCUGAGGAUCGGUGAAAAGCUGCAUCAAAAUAUUCGAUAUUUUGGAAUUUAACCAGCCAAGUAUUGCAAGCCCAAUACAAGGUCCAUCUUAUAUCUAACGUCAUCAAGACCACAGAAUUUAGUGAUUCCUUGUAUUGUAGUAUGUAAUUUCCCCAAAGAAUAUUUCCUGGAAAAAAUGGACCUACGUCAGACUUUCGGUCAUGGGGGAAAAUAUGACUUUAUACAUGCGUAAAGUUUUUACAGUGCAGAAGAUAAGUAUGCUUUUCCACAUGGCGGAAAACCACCCUAGACUAAACCUUUCCCCUUCUCGUUUCGAGAUUUCCAUUGAGCUUGUGUUACUGAACCGAUUUUGGCUUGUCAUAAAAUACUUUUUUUAUUUUGAUAGUAUCGUUUACCAAAUUCCUAAAUAUACGCGAGAAAAUCAUUAUCGCGUGAUGUAGCGAGAAGCAUCACUAGUCCACUAAAAUUACUUGUUUUUACUUUCAUAUUGCUAAAAUACUAUUAAAAACCCUUGAUCAACAUAUUGCUAAAAUACUAUUAAAAACCCUUGAUCAACAGACCACUGGCGAAUUCAUGUUCUCGCCUUCUGACGUCUACGAGUUAUUUCACAAUAUUUAAGUACUAUUUUAAAAUAAGAAGUCUAUAGUAUAAAAUCUUGGACGUACGGAUACACAGAUAGAAAGACGUCGAAAGUAGUCCGUGUUUUCUUAUUUUUCAUAGUCAACAACAGGAGCUUCAGUCUUCAUAAUACAGGAUAAAUAAAGGGGGAAAACCUUGGCUCUUGGGAUCAUCGAACCUGGCACAGCUCAUUUUCCUUAUCAGAUGAAAUUGAUUGUAUAUCAAUAUUAGUCGAGCAAAUUAAUUGAUUACAAAUGCGUCCAAAAAUCCUUAUCAUUGCCAUGUUGUCAAUUUGAUGUUCAGAAGUCAAAGAGAAAAACGAUUUUGAAAAGCACAUUUUCACGAUAUGAGAUUUCACCACAUGAGAUAUAAUAAUCUACCCUGCCCAAGAACCUUUGACCCAGGGGCCAUGAAUUUCACAAUUUUGGCAUCCUUUCUCCUAACGGCUAUUCGUGCAGUUUGUUUGAUAUCUUUCGGUAAAUAAAAAAAGUCACAGAUUAAAAGAUUACAUAAUCUUUUGUAAGAUGUUGACCUCAUCCCUCAGAUCUAGGUGGUUCAAUGACCGUGGUAAUCACAAUUAAGAAAAAUCGAUAGUGUUCAUUAGUGAACGGAAAACUAGGUCACCCGAAUGCAUAACACUUACAGUUUACAAAACAUGUUCUAUAUCUUGAAAUCUUUUGGCAUUUAUUUUUUAAUUGAAAUAACAUAAGAAUUAAUCAAAUGUAUUUGCAUUUUGGGAAAAGAUAAACAUUUUGAUAUAUGAUAUUCCUUACAAUUCUAGCAUACUGUCUGGUUAUUUGAAAAUUAGUCUAGACCUACAACUGACAUUAGUGGAAUCGGAACCAGAAACGCUAAUUUUCCCAGUUACGUACCAAAAUAACAACACUAGUGAUUCAUUUUGUAAACAGGCUUGCAUUACAUUGAGUAGUCUACAUCUAGUAAUUAACUUAAGUUUUAAUCCUCUUUCGUUUUGCUUAUUUAUUUAUGGAAUUUCAAGUAUCAUACAGACAUUUCACCAGGUGAAGGUGCCCUGCAGCAAAUCCAGACCUAUGCAUGACGCCCAGGGAUGCAUGACGCCCAGGGCCGUCGCAAUGAGGGAAAUUCAGACCUAUGCAUGACGCCCAGGACCGUUGCAAUGAGGGAAAUUCAGACCUGUGCAUGACGCCCAGGGAUGCAUGACGCCCAGGGCUGUCGCAUUGAGGGAAAUUCAGACCUAUGCAUGACGCCCAGGACCGUCGCAAUGAGGGAAAUUCAGACCUAUGCAUGACGCCCAGGGCCGUCGCAAUGAGGGAAAUUCAGACCUAUGCAUGACGCCCAGGACCGUCGCAAUGAAGGUUCUAUAACGUGUACACCCCUGUAGCAACAUGUGUCCUCGGUUUUAAACGUCUCAAUUAAAAGACCGGACACGGUUUGAGGUACAUGUACCUUUACCAGUGGUGCUCGAACCCACGACCCUUCAUCACGAGGCAAACCACUGAGUUUCCUGACCCCAAUUGUAACUAAUUUGUAGCGAAUCGAUGUCACGUGAUAACGGUGUCUCCGUACACGAUCUUCGUACGAAUAAUCAUUCUUGCAUACGGCGCAUCAGCGAUGAAAAUCGAGAAAGCAUUGUUUGAUCCUUGACUGAUCGAAACUUCAUAGAGCACAGGUGCUUAGAUGAUGGCUGUGUAUAAUAUUUCAGUUAAUUCAUAUGUUUGUAGGAUUAGUACCGUGUUAAUAUCGGUGUCAGUACUCCAGCAUGUUACUACACAAUACAUGAUGGUCACCAGGGGGGUGUUGGGGUGUUCUAGUGAUAGAUGCGGUUAUAUACGUAUAUCUAUGGCUUACAAAGACUGCUGAGCAUAUCACUGAUUGAAUUCUACUACCAUUAUAUUAAACCGGCCAUACAAAUUAAAGAUUUUUCUAACGCGCUUCCUGAAGUACGACAACAUACAGCGUCGCAGUUCAGGGAAGUGUUGCAGUUCAUAUCCUCAUGUUUUUUCGUAUAUUUAAAACUGAAUAUUUAUCCACGCGCUUCAUGAAAAGUAUGCCCGCGUGAAGCGUUGCAGUUCAUAUACUUAUGUAUUUUCAAAAAUGAAAUUUAUUUUUAAAUAUAUAUAUAGCUAUUUGAGAUUUCCUUUAAGAGAACAGACCAAUCUAAUGGCAGCUGUUCGCAAAUGCAGAAGAUUUACUAAGUCAUCAAAAGGCGAUUACGAUUACAUCAUCUACAUGUAGCAAACAAAAAUUUGACAUAUGAUGUAAUGACUAAAAACCCCAUCAACAGACCACCAUUCAACAGGCAUCUGGUGAUAAAAGCGCGUACAGUCUGGUUUGACGCUGAAAGUCACCUAUAUAUGCAUUUCAAGGAAAUGCGGGAUCACACAAACGUUUAAAACAGGCGUAUGUUUCUUCAUCAAUUUUCAUUGAAAUCGAUGUAAGAAUCCUGCAGAGGAGGAUUUACUGAUGAAAAGGCCUCGUCUAAUUUUGUUCUCGAAUGUUACAUCUUUAAUGAAUAUAUUACAAGUAGAAGUUGUAGUACAUAUUUUAAAACAAUAAUAGAUUUAUGAAAUAUUGAACAAAAUAUCUGCAGGCUCUUACAGUAAAAAUUAUUUAUAUUUCAUAUAUUCACGUAUAUGGAUGGAUACUGGAUAGAUCGAUGGAUUUGGCUGGACUGCUACUUAAUAAGACCACAAGGAAGCUUACGCCUUCGUUAUUAUUGCAACACAUGUAAACGCUUCAUGGCUACUUGGUAUUGGCGAGCUGGUACAUGAAGGUUGCCAAAAGCCGCAAAGUGCGAAUUGUGUAUUCAAUCAGGGUGACUCUUCGUUCAGGAAAAAACUGGGAAUUAUUCUGAAGAAACACACAGGUCUGUGAUUGUGGAUGGAUUUAUCUACCGUGUACAAUGAGAUUGACGAUAUACUACGGGAAGACAUAAUGAAUGGAACGGUCAACUUCAAAAGUCGUGAUGAACAAAAUCAAGACGCCGCCUAUCAGCGCAUGCCCACUGUGAUCUUCCUCGGGCUUCUAAUUUUUGUAGGAGUGGUUGGAAAUAUCAUAGUGCUAGUAGUGUACACUCUGAAAUACCCCUCCACAACCUUUAAAUUCUACAUCCUGGCUUUAGCCGUUAUAGAUCUCUUAACAUGCUGCAUCAGCAUGCCGUUUGAAAUUGCUGACAAUGUACUUCCAUUUAUGUUUUUUAAUGAAACAGUGUGCCAGGUGGGACGCUUCCUUGGAAAUGUGUUUAAAAUUGCCGCCGCAUUUAUCAUCGUCGUCAUGGCAAUAGGCCGAUACAAGAAGAUAUGUCAUCCUUUCAGCAGGAGUACGACAAUUUCACAAGCUCGUUUCGCCUUCAUUGCGUCCAUAGUUUUAGCAUGUGUUUUUUCAUGGCCGACGCUGUUCAUCCAGGGGAUUAGAGAACGUAAACUUAACUUCAAUAUAACCGGUUACGACUGCACCAUCAACUCAGACAUAGCGCAUACAAACUACCCAUUUGUAUUCUCUACAGUGUUAUUUACGGUGUACGCCAUUGUGUUCCUAGCACUAGCGAUUCUGUACAGCUUAGUAAUCUACACUCUCAACAAGCACGCCAAAGAACAAGAGCAAUUCGAGUUCAAUGAUAACAUUCGGAAAUCCAACCCAAGGAUAACAAAAAUGAUGAUUGCAAUAACAGUGGGUUUUAUCGUCUGCUACAUCCCCAAUUGCAUUCUUGACGCAAUAUCUACAUUCAAACAUGGGUACGUAGCGCCCCCUAGUCCCAUUGUCCUAGCGACUCUACCAUUAAUAGCGAGGACUUUUUUCAUCAAUAACGUCAUCAAUCCAUUCAUCUACUUGUUCGGAGAUCCCAAAUUUAGAAACAUUAUUAAACAGUGUACGAGGUGGUUAUUUUAUACCAUUUGCAGACCGGGACAGAAAAGGCUGAAGGACUUUACUGUGGCUGAGACGAUGCACCUCACGGACGUGAAACAUACAACUUCACAUUCAUAAUUCACAACUCAACACAAGGAGAAGUCCCAUCUGUGCAAUCACUAUCAUUUUCUAUAUUCAACCGUAUGUGAGGCAUCAACUUUUUGAUGAAAGAUAUGGGCAUUGUGUGAUUAAUUAGUAACUGUAAACUACAAAGUAUUUUCUUUGAAUUUCCCCCAAACAUUUGUGAUAUCUAGAUUUAAUGACAACACAUGCAGAUAGUGGGAAACACGAUAUUUGGCAUAUUUUCACUGAUUCACUACGAAAAAAUUGAAAAAUGGAGACAACAUAUCACUACGGGCCUGCUCAUGACAAUUAAGUACAGAUCAUUAUAUAGAAUUUCAAGAAAUGAAUCCUCAAAAUUUACUUUAGUAAAAGCAAUCGAUGCAAAGUUUGCAGUAUUGACCAAAAGAUAAGACCGUCGCAAUCACCCUCCAAUACUUGAUUUUUAAAAAAACCGCCGUGAAGUUUGAAAAACCGGACUGUGGGGUCCUAAUUUUCAAUUAUCAUUGAAAUGUUGCUUAAUGGAGUAUACUCAUCCGGUAGGCGAGCUGGACUUACAUGUACUACCACCGGAUCUUUAACAUCAUCAAUAAUUUAUCAACAAUAAUCCAAACAGUAAAUCCGCCAUUGUUGACAAUAAAGCCUGUACUUAAAUCAUGGAUUGUGCAUAAAACUAUUACGUUAUAUAUAUUUAUCUUGGAUCAAAAUGCCAUCUGUGACACAACUAUCUCUUAAAUAGAGAUAACCAAAGGCUACAAAUAACUAUAAAAACUGCUUUGGGAAAUUCCGACCGAACAGACCUGUCUGUUACACGCCAACGGAAAUUUCGCGCUUUAAUUCUGCGUAAUUGGGUUAGGUUAUCGAAAGGAGACUUUCGCGGACGAUUACCAGUAUGUCCAGGGGUUCGUGUUUGCCUUAUUCAUUAUUUUGUAUUGGAAUUACGAGAACGAUCACUUUCGUUAUCUUCACAUUUUCUUGAUUACAGAUAUUGUAACGAAUCGUGAGAACUACCAUUCUCAAGAGACAAAAUCUUACUAAGUUACUUAAAACUAUACGACUGUGAAAUAAAACCUUCUCUACAGUAUUUGAUAACAAAACCUUCUCUACAGUAUUUCAUAAUAUAGACGUAUUUACAGUGUUUAAGUACACGAUCCUGACUGUUCCAAAUAACUGCGCGUCCUAACUCUUCAGGACACCGACAUGUAGCUAAUCCAUGUGGACCCACUCAUUGUUUGGAAAUCUCUAAACAAUCUCAAGUGGAUCAUUGCUUAAUUUCAGCGGAGUCUUCAGGUUCCUCUUAACACGUUAGUGCUGCCCAGACAUACCUCACAAAGGAGAGAGAGAGAGAGAGAGAGAAAUAUGAAACCAAAAAAUCCAGUCUUUAUAUACAUGUACUUAAUUAUAUGUGCAAACAUGUACCAGUCAAUCUUGAUACUGUUUUAAUAUUAACGUCUACAACUGUGAAUUGUGUCUAGUAUUCAAUAUUGUUUUAUGAUAUUUUAAUCCUAAGACAGUUGUUUCUUUUACAUUGAAGCAUUGUAUAAGUAUUAUAUGCGUGGUACAAAAUGUUUCUACAUCCUUCUUAAAAAGUUCUUUUUUACUUAAGUGUAUAAUUAUAAUAAAAGUAUAUUGUUGUGAUGUCAUUAACGCUGUUAUUGUGCAAAGUAUAAAAUUGGUCUCUACCAGUA